AUGGGGUCUAUAACAACAGAAGUUGAAAGCAUUCUUACGUGGGAGCGUUUGGUCCGCUUCAUCGCCCAGGAAGAUGGCCAAGAACAUCUUGGUGAGCCGGUGGACCGAGAUCUUGAUAUUGGCGCUGCUUUGGCGUCCUCGGAGUCAGUCAGGGUCCGCAAGUUGUCAGGUUCAUCGCCUUUGGAUUCCUCCCUAAAGGUCACAAGCUCGGUAUUGACGAUCAAAUCCAUACUUCCACCUCUUUCGAAGGCAGAAGUGGGUACGAUCCGGUGCAUUGGAUUGAACUACCGCAACCACGCGAAAGAAAUGAACUUGACGCUGCCAACUCAUCCGUCAGUUUUCUUCAAGCCGGCGUCGUGUCUGAAUGCCCCAAACAGUCCGCUCGUCAUACCCUACCAGGCCAUCGACGACCAAGCAGAUUACGAAGCGGAGCUGGCGAUUAUCAUCGGGCGAGAAUGCCGAAAUGUCAGCGAGGAGAAUGCCUUGGACAACGUCCUUGGCUACGCUUGCUCCAACGACGUGACCGCGCGCAAAUGGCAGUUUGCCGGCGGCAACACGCAAUGGGGGUAUGGUAAAGGAUUCGAUGGAUUCGCGCCUCUGGGACCUUGCAUAGUGUCACAACGACGGAUUCCAGAUUCCAGCGAAAUCGGGAUCAAGACCGUGCUGAACGGCGAGACCAUGCAGGAGGGACGAGCAGACGACAUGAUCUUCUCGAUACCGGCGAUAGUCUCACAUCUAAGCCAGGGAACGACGUUGGAACCAGGGACGGUCAUCAUGACAGGCACACCGCAUGGAAUUGGUGUGAGCAGAGAUCCGCCUGUCUUCCUCCAGGACGGCUACGACGUGCGGAUUGUUGGAAGCCAUGGUCUAGGAAGCCUGGUGAACCGUGUUGUGUAUGAGAACACCCCAGUUAAGGCCAAGACCAACGGUUCAUGA